GGAGCUGCGACGCUGGUGUUGUUUUCUCCACCACACAUUCAUAUUAACUGUCAACCCAGCCGUGACGACGUGAGCUGCUCGGGACCUUCAGCACGGGAAACCACCGUGAAUGGACUAGACUACCACACAACCGAAAACAGCAAAAGCUCACCUUUUUUUCUCUUCACUGAGGAAAGGAAAGAACAAAACAAAAAACAAACAAAAAAAACAGCUGUGUACCUUUGCCAGUGAGGAAAGCGCGUGGGGAUGCUUCGCGCGGGUCUAUUGAGAGAAACGCGCGCGCUUAAUGAUUAGUGUUUAGACAAGUAGCCAAUUAACCAGUAAUUACGUAAGUAGCGUUUAAACCGCCUGUGUGGUUCGCGUGUCUGCUAGUGGGCUAAAAUUAGAACAACACGGAGCCAGCGGAGGACACGAUAGUAUUUAUUCAGUAGGAGUUUUUCAUUUUUCAUCAACGCACCUUGGAUUUCAGUCGUUAUCACAAAGCAAGUGUGGAGCCGAGGACGACGUCAAAACAAUUCAACACAGACCGAAAUUGGAGAGAGAGAUGACCCUCGUUUUGUCCAUGAAUCCUUUCCUGGACCCAGAAGGAGACCCUCCGCUCUCCGCAUAUCAGCCCAUAUGGGAAUCAGAGCGCUGCACCAAGACUUGCCUGUCAAACUCUGCCCCACCAUGCAGCUCUGAAGAGCAAAUUACACAAGAACCUCCCUGUAGGCGAGUUCCUGAUCAUGUUUCAGUGUCAAGGAUUGCAUACUUCAAGAGAAAGUUCGUUGAUGAUGAUGAUGAGCCUUCCUUCAGUUUCAGGACAUACUGCCAGACUGUUGCACCAGUUUUGGAGGAGCGUGCCCACGUGCUGCGUCUCUCCCUGGAGAAGAUGAGAUUCAUUGACGACCCUGAGGCCUUCCUCCGACGCUCCGUUCUUGUUAACAACCUCCUUCGGCGUCUGCGAGCUGAGAUCCUGCUCCAGAGCACUGACUGGUGCUUCCCACCAAACACAGCAUUCGCCCCUGGCCCUUGCGUCCUCCCAGCCAGCACUAACCCUGCUCACCAGGCACUCCACGGAGCAGUACCCACCCGGAUCUGCUUAGCACCACAGGUCGGACCGCCUUUCCGUAAGCGCUUCCGUAUGGUCCGUGGAGGACAGGGGGAUCUUCGCCCUGACUGUGCCCAGACUUGCUGCUGCAUCUACGCAGCGGCAGCUGCUGCAGGACACUACCUCCACCUCCCGUUCUCCAUGUAUGAUGCAGCACUCUCUACCUGCCCAUCCACACCACACUCCUCCUCGUUUUUUCAGCUAGCUAGCCAUAGUAAGUUAGGGUUGACAGUGGCCGUAGAAGAGCGUGAUGAUGAGGAUGAAGAUGUUGAAGAGGAGGAUGAAAAUGAAGAAGAAGAUGAGAGGGAAGAGGAGGAGGAGGAGGAGGAGGAAGAUGAUGAAAGACAAGCAGGGCCGUCUAUUGAUGUUGUUAAAGACAAGUCAAGCCAGAAAAGUAGGACUAGGACCUUGCUGGGUCAUGCACACACAAGGAGAGAGGAGGACAGCUGCAUGACAGGUAGAGUAGAAGAGGAGGAGGAGGGAGAGCAGGAGGAAGAAGAAGAGGAGGAAGACGAGGAGGAAGAGGAGCAGGUUGUGAGACCUUGUCAGUGGGCGUCAGACAGAGAGCUCCACAAGGUUAGCUUCUGGCACCGCAGGGCUCAUAGACAAUGAUUGUGCUUUCUGAGAAAUUACUUAAAUUCUGUUUGAAUGAAAAUGUAUUGAUGACGACAACUGUCAUCAGUUGAAGAUUAUUCAGAUGAAGGUGUGAGUUAACUACACUAUUGUAAUGCCAAGUCAGCUUUAUUUUAAUGGUCUAAUAUACUCUACACAGACAAACUCAAUUCAACUCUAUUGCUAGUGUUACAUUCAGAUGAAAAAUAGAAAAUUCUUGGCCUCUCUUGGCACUGGAAACAUUUCUCAAGCAAUUAUGAAGGCUAAGGUCACAUGUGGUGGGAUCUGAAAUCCCAGAGGUGAAGUGAAGCUUGCUAUUGCACUGUCUCCAAGACCAUUUUGAAGCCCCACAGCACAAAACUGAAAGUCUCAAAUGGGGCUUUAUAUUGGUGCAACGGUCUCAUUUCAGGACCCUAAACAAGCCUAUGAAAUAAAGGGAUGUGGAUUUGCGAGUGGAUGCUUCUGUGUGUUUAUGUGUGCGUGUGUUUGCAAGAUGAUGUAGCAUUUUAAAACUUGAUUUUAGGCUGUUCUUUUUAUCAUUAAACAUGGGUUACACAUUAUUAUGUGUGCCUGUUGAUUUUGAUGCUGUCUCAGGCAAUGGCGAGUGACUGUGCUGCAGCGGCGGCACAUUAUGUGUUCUUCACAUUAUUUUAAGAGACAACAAUCAUAAACAUUGGAAAUGUUAAAUCGCAAUUUCAAGUGCCUUAGUGUUUUUAUAGAUACAUGUAUAUUGUGUGUUAAUGUAAUUGUUCUUGUUACUAAGUAGCUAUCUUUCAUUCCAAAUGACUGCGUUUGACUAAAACAGGGCAUGUAGUUAAAUGCAGGGAUUCAUUCAAAUGUUAAAAGGUUAAAGUAAUUUUAAAUCAAACUAAAUUUCCACACCCGAAAAGUGUUCUGUUUGUUUUUUAGAUCAAAAUGCAUGUUUUCUAGCACUACCUGUCUUGACAAUGCUCAAAUGUAAAGCCAACCUUAAAGGACAGUUGCAAAAGCCUUGAAAAGCAAAGUCAAAACAUCAUUUAUAUUUGUUUGAUUCCAGCAGAAAAGGCUUGUUAUGGUUCGGUAGGUCUGUCCAUCGAUGUUUAUUUGCAAGAAAUUAUUUGAAUCUAACAGCAUGAAACAGGAUCUCAUACUAUGAAUUAAAGAUUAAAUGUCAGCAUUAUAAUUAGAUACUGUAAAUACAUAUACACCAAUGUGUGUUUUGCUGUUAUCCGCCCAAUCAUAUUUUAUCAAAUCAAACAAGCAAAUGUUUCAUCAUCAAGCAAGAAACUCUUUUCUUUUAUUUGAAUCAAGAACUUUCAAUAUUAGCUGGAGCCUAAUGGCUCUGGCCAAAAAUGAAUCUGUGCAGACCCCAGUGUUUCCCAUACAUUGAUUUAUUUAAGGUGACCCACCACAAUAUCUCUUUUAUGGGUAAGAGUAUUGGUAACAUCUUAUUAAACUGAAGAGCUGCGCGCACCGCAUCACUUCGCUCAGCCCCUCCUUGCCACGCUCUCACUCUCUAUCUCACAAACACAUCUGUCAUAGUCUGGCCAUCGAGAGUGCCGGGAGGAGCACCGCUGCAUCGGUGGGCCAUGAAAAAAUUCAUAAAGUUCUUACCAUUUCUCUGCGUGUGUCUUUACCGGCCCUCUUUGUGUGUCUGUCAUACAGGAAUCUUUGGGAAACACUGGACCCCGUUAGCUUCGUAUCACACCCCGAGCCGGGUUGCACAGGUAGCAGCUUGUCUCAGAAAAAGUCAAAAUUAGCCUCAUUCAGCAACUUUCUAUUAUCAUGAUCAACAACAUACUUAAAGGAAUAUUUCAACAUUUUGGGAAAUAGGCUUAUUUUCUCUCUUGCCGAGAGUUAAGUCAGAAUAUGGUUAUCCCUUUCAUGUCUGUACAGUAAAUAUGAAGCUGGAGCCAGGAGAUGAUUAGCUUAGAGGAAGAAAUAGCUAGCCUGGCUCUGUCCUGAGGUAAUAAAAUUUGCCUACCAGCACCUCUAAUCAUCUCUCCUAACUCACCCCAAGAAAGCAAAUAAAAAUAUUUCCCAAAAUGUUGAACUAUUCCUUUAACUAUCACAGUAUGCCCUGCCUUUGUAGAGUCACACCUGUGUGCGUUGCCCCAAGUUCCUGUCAUUUUAAGCGUCUAGAAUAAUGCUUGGUAGAGUGAAAUCACAUUGGUUGUAGAAAAUGAUCAGCCUGUCUGGGUAUAAAUUGAUGAGUAUAUACUGUAUGUCAUUUUAAAAUAAAAUAAAUAAUAAGAUGUACGACACCUUAGAGGAGCUGAUGGACAGAUACGUUUUCUAUGUGAUUAAAAGAAUCAAGGACAGAUAGAAUACCAAACCAGUUCUACUCUACUCAUGUGAGCCCUUCUGUCAUGAUGGCAUGAUCAGUGGUUUCUUAUUUGUUGGUGUGUCUCUUGUUUGGCACUUCUGAAAAUUAGGGUCCUCACACUGAUGACAAACCCAAACCAAAGUUGUUUUAAAAAAAAAAAAAUGGAAAUAAAUUUUUGUCAGUAGUGAUUAUUAUUAUUUUUUUUUUUUGUGAUGUACUUAAGUCAUUGGAUGAUCUCAGUUGGUUUGCGAGGUGGAAUUAUUCCUGCCUUUUCCUAUCUUUUUUUUGACGUACAAAACUGACAGUUUGCAUCCCCGAUGGCAUUAGUGUCAUAUCUUCAACAAGACGAGUACCAGCCUAUUUAAUUUUAAUUCUCAAAACCCUGUGAUUAUCGGUGGUAUUUUUCAAAAAUGAAAGAAUUUGACAAAGCAAUAUUUGUUUCUGAGACAAGAACAUGUAAAACUACAUUGUCUGUUAUUAAAAACAACAAAAGAGCAAGUCUGCUCUGAUAAUUUUAUGUGAUGUUCUGUGACAAGUGUAAAGAUCAGUAAAAGAAAUGUUGAAAAAA